GUGAGCUCGCUCGUGCAGCGCGGUCCGGCGCACGAGGGGAAAUAAGUCAGGGGCAAAAAGUUUGGAAGCGAUGAUAUUUGAAAUCAGUCCGUCGACCGGCGGCGGCCGCGAUCCAAUUACCUUUGCGAAACAGCGUUUUUUCGCAUUAGUUUUUAUUUUUUUGUUUUAAAUAUAUAUAUAUUUUUUUUACACCCCCUCUCUCUAUUUCAACAUUUGAACAGACAACGUUUGUCCUCGCCCGGCGCUUCCUCAUGUCGCCGUGCCCGCGGGCCGCCGCGCUGCGCCGCGUCGCCCGUCCGGCGGAGGAGCGGGGCCCGCGUCCGCGGACACAAUGACGCGUGUGUCCUCGUCCGACAGCAACGCCGCAAGAUGCUGCGAGGACGGGACGACGAGGGACCAGCUGAGAGAGAGAGGAGAGAAAGAAUGACUCUGCAUGCCAAGCUAUGACCAGCACACAGACCAGAAUCUAGACGUCCACGUGCGAAGCCAGGACUCAAGAAUGAAGACCAAAUAUGCAAUUGUCUUCAUCUGCAUUGUUGCCCUGGUCAUCAUCGAGAAGGAGAGCAAUAUCCUGUCAAGGGUCUCUGAUAAGCUGAUCCAGAGGCAGACUCCUCAGCCGACCCCACACAACCCACUGGAUUACAGCAACUCAACGCAAAAUGGCUCGCUGAGCGUGCUCAAAAUGCUGCUUUCUAAACUCACCGCCGCAAAAGGGACUUACUCGAAUUUCUCCGAGGAGCGAGGGGAGGAUGGAGUGCACGAUUCAGGCGUGCACGGCCACAGCGGUGGCCGCAAGCACAUAUUACUCUUGGCCACCACGAGGACGGGUUCCUCGUUUGUGGGGGAGUUUUUCAACCAGCACGGCGAGAACAUGUUCUACCUGUUUGAGCCUCUGUGGCACGUCGAGCGCAUGCUGACCAUGGCCGCGGAGGCCAACAAUGGCACAGUGUUGGCGGGCAUCUACCGGGAUGUGCUCCAGGGGCUCUUCCUGUGCGAUUUCUCUCCUCUCGAGAAGUUCAUCGCUCCCCCGCCCGAGGACCACGUCACUGCCGCUCUUUUCCGCAGAGAGUCUAGUUUAUCGCUCUGCGACGAGCCCGUCUGCAGUCCUGUCAUCAAAGAUGUUUUUGAGAGGUAUCACUGUAAGACUCGUCGCUGUGGGCCGCUGAACUUGACCCUUGCAUCUGAAUCCUGCCUUUCCAAGCAACACCAUGCCGUUAAGACUGUCCGCGUGCGCCAGCUGGACACAUUGCAGCCUCUGGUGGAGGAUCCUCGCCUGGACGUGAGAAUCAUCCAGCUCGUCCGAGAUCCACGGGCCAUCUUAGCGUCCCGCAUGGUGGCUUUCUCUUCGAAGUACCAGACAUGGAAGGCCUGGGCGCAGGACGGCCAGGUGCCUGAAGAUGACGAGGAGGUGAAGAGGCUCAAGGGAAACUGUGACCAAAUCAGGAUGUCCGCAGAGGUGGGACUGAGCCAACCUCACUGGCUGAGGAGCCGCUACAUGUUGGUGCGUUAUGAGGAUAUCGCCCGCUACCCUAUGCAGAAGGCAGAGGAUAUGUACAGGUUCACAGGGAUACCAUUCAGCCCCCAAGCCAGGGAGUGGAUUCUGAGGAACACCCAGACCACACAGGGAGCUAGCGGGAUUUACUCCACCCAGAAGAACUCCUCAGAGCAGGCAGAGAAAUGGAGGUUUAGCAUUCCCUUCACACUGGCUCAGGUAGUGCAGAGAGUGUGUGAACCCACCAUGAAGAUGUUUGGGUACAAGUUUGUGGACGAUGAAAAGACACUUCAGAACAAGUCCAUCAGUUUGCUUGAGGAAAGGCUGUUUCAUUAGCUUUAGGGUCACGUGGAACUGUGAAUCUGCUUCACUCUGCACACGACGCAUUGAACACAGGAGGAGCCCUUAUCGCACAGACCAAAACCAGUAAGCACAGAUGCCAUAAGCCAUACGUUUGACUGGUGACAGUAUUUAGGCCACAGUUAUAUUCAUACUAGCCAAUGACGUGCGUCAUUGUAACAAUGACGAGCCACUUGAGGAUAGAGAUAAGUAUUUAUUUGCAUACUGUGUUCAUUGAGAAGUACUUAAGUUAGGUCACGGUACUGGUACUCAAGACAUGUCACGCUCUACGUUUCAUUUAUACGAAAAAUAAGCAUAUGUAUAUGUCUAGUCAGACAGAUUGCCAGAGAUUAUUAUAUCAGAAUUUAUUGAUAGAUGAUUAUGUGUAGAUCUUCAGGGAUAAACUACGGAGGAAGUGAAUGUGACGUGACGUGAAAGCAAUGUGAAAGUGAGCGUGUUCCUCCUCAUAUGGUUAAUGAGUGCUUAAUAACGCUGCCUAGUUCAGCCUGUUUUUGCACAGUAUAAUAUAUACAGAUCUGCUCGAGGCAACAGAUGAAAUCACCUUAGAUUAUCUUAGACCCGAUGUGCAAUUGUCAGGGCUUUACAUAACCGGCUCAGGUAAAGUGAACGUCGAGCUGCAUUUUCUGGUGUCUCCACGAGGAGCGUUCACGUCCUCCCAACAAUACACUGCGUGAUAAUGCGGUGUAAUCGCCGAUGUCUUUCAGCCAAAUGCCAUUAGGGGAAGUUCUCCAACCACCAGAAAAUACGAUGGAAAAAAUAAAUAUGCAGAUGGAUAUAUACAGAAUAAUACUCUAUAAAAGAACUAUUCUUUACCUUACAUACCUCCAUGUGUCUUCAACAUUCAAGUGCCAUCUACGCCCUGCUACCCAGCAAGUACUAGUUGUAGCCUCGUAUUCCCCAGCUCGGAGUAAACAGGCAGUUUUGGUGUCAAUUUACAAAAGCAACCUCACUGGCUGCUCAGAGCGACGAGGAGUUCGGUCGGAGCGGAUCUAUUUAUGUCAGACGAUUGUGCGCAUGGACACAAGAACAAAAUGAUUCGGGAGUUUCAUCUCUGUCUAACUUAAAACCCCAAAAAUUAAGAGAUGCGAAACUCUGCUAUAAGUUGCUGGGAUUUUUGGCGACGAACACCAUAUCCAACGCAUGUAAGUGAGUGUAUUAGUGUGGCCUAUCACUUUAAGUGAAACCCAGGUGCUGCUGCGUUAACUGUCCCUCUUGAUGGUUUAUAAAGGUAUCCACUGUGACUCCGGUUCAAUGGCAGCAUUGUGUUCGACCUGGCCGAGGUACUGCUCAAACUGCCGGGCGGCUCAUGGAAAAUGGAUAUGCAUAGAUGUACAUAUAGUAGUGGGCUUUUACUACCUUCGUGUUGAAAACAUAAAUAUGAAUACUGGCAGGCCUCGAGUUGCCCCGGUUCGCUACUUAGGCCAAAAAGAAUACUGUGAAAUACCAACUGCAACUGGAACAAUGGGCGUAGUCAGACUACGCAUCGCUCUGCAUUAAAGCACUAACUCAGAUACUCAUAGUCACAAUGUAAAGCUGGUUGCGAUGCAGUUUUUGCAGUUAUUCCUUAUGAAGACAGUAUGUGAUUGACCUGACUGGUGGUUUUCGACGUUCGUAAGGAAAUUAUUCUCAGCUUCAAUUAAUUUUUUGCAUGCUGGAAGUCCAAGUCUUGAGUCUUUUGAAAGGAUUUCAAAUAAAACCAUCAAGUCAAGUCAAAACGUCAGUAGCAAAGGUUUCAGAUCUCUGAAUGUGGCCUAGUGAAGUGUCAUGGCAGUGGGCCAUUUCGCUUCCAAGAUGUGUUGAUAGCGGUGAUUUUUCCGUACCUGAGGUCAAGUCAUUUCAAGUUGUAUCUCUAUGAAACCUGACAAUUUAUAAUUUGUUGUGUUUGUAUUUUAUUGAGUCAAAUCUAAGGUUGGUUUAGUCUCCAGCUUCAUUUUUGUGGCUUAAGUCCGAUUGAGUCCAAAUCAACAUCUCCGAUCUAUCCAUCCAUCCAUUCAGUAUGUUCCAGGUGAUUAUCAUUUUGCUUAAGUCUAAAUAAAUGCACUACAUUUUUGUCAGGCUAUCCCCCUCCUUGGAAUUUUGUACUGAAGCAAACAAGACCGUGGAUGCCGGUGGACAGCGGAAAAUGGUUUGAGAAGUAUCUUUGGACGUUUUGAUACUUUUCUCGGACGUCCAACUGUCACCAUCGUAAAACAUUGCAAACUAAAUGAUUUCAAAGUGAUCACAGCGGCUUUUUCUUCACAAACCGAAUGUAAAGUGCCGAAGCCACACGAUAUCACCAGGCUGAAUGUCUGAACCCCAGAGGAGUUUUGGCGGAGAAUCAUUUUUAAAGGACAAACUCUCGUUGAAGAAAAGGGUAAUGGUUUCAUAGCCUGUCAAAGUUUCUUUAAUGAGCAAAGCAAUUUGACGUUUAUCAUAAAAAAAUGUAAGUGUUAGAGUUUCUUCUAUAGAAAUGAUAAUUAAAACGAGUCCUUUGUUGAAAAACUGCACUUUGAA